AAUCUUUUUCUUUAACUACUCCGCUGUCCUAUUCUCUCUGAAAGUUCCAUCCUUUUAUGGGUUUUAGAGAGCACACUUUGUUUGUGCCAUUCAAGUGCUUGUUGUUUUGUUAAUUUGAGGGAUUACUUCGGUUUCCACGACUUUUCAGAUGAGGUUUUGUUGGCUGAGAGAAAUGGGUUUCGUUCUAUCAGUCUCCAUGGCAUUCUCUGCUUUUGUUUUUGGAUUUGUGGCUUUGAAUGGUUUGGUGGAGUUUCGAUCUAAUGCUCAACUCUUGCCAGUGGAAGAAGUUGAAACUCUCAAAACAAUAUCUGCAAAAUUGCAUAAUGAGCAUUGGAACAUUACUCGAUUUUCUUGUGGUACUGUGCAAUGGAACACAACCCUUGUCUUCCCUAACAAAAUUCAAAGCAACGUUUCGUGCAACUGUUCAUUUAACAAUGGCAGCGUUUGCCAUAUCACUAACAUAUUGCUGAAGGGUUAUAAUGUAACUGGAGUCCUAGCUGAGGAAUUUGGAAAUCUUACAUAUCUGCAGGAACUUGAUCUCUCUCGCAACUAUAUCAACGGAACAAUCCCUGCUAGUUUUGCUCGACUACCUCUUACCAAGUUGGCCCUUAUAGCAAACCGUCUCAGCGGUACAAUUCCACCUGAAAUUGGCAAUAUUGCUACACUACAAGAACUGAUCUUGGAGGAUAAUCUUCUCGGAGGAAAUCUACCCGAAAACCUUGGAAGUUUGGGAAACUUGAAAAGACUCCUUCUUAGUGCAAAUAAUUUUAUUGGAGUAAUUCCACAAACAUAUGGAAAGUUGAGGAACUUAACGGAUUUUAGGAUAGAUGGGAGUUCAUUGUCAGGGAGGAUACCGGAUUUCAUUGGCAACUGGACGAAGCUAGAUCGACUAGAUUUGCAAGGCACGGGGUUGGUGGGCCCUAUUCCUCAAACGAUAUCCCUACUGAAAAACUUAACUGAACUGAGGAUAACGGAUCUAAAUGGAUCAAGUUCAACUUUCCCUAAUCUUCUAGACAUGAAAAACAUGGAGCGACUGAUACUGAGAAAUUGCUUGAUUAGUGAUACAAUUCGAGAAUACAUUGGGGGAAUGACUGAAUUGAAAGAACUAGAUCUUAGUUUCAACAGGUUAACUGGUGAGAUACCGACAACAUUUCAGACUUUGGAAAAGCUAGAUUACAUGUUUCUGACAAACAACUCACUUACUGGAGAAGUACCUGGAUGGGUGUUGACCAGCAAGAAAUAUUUGGAUUUAUCAUACAACAAUUUCACAGGCUCACCUAAAACUGGUUGCGAGAUGCCUGAAGUGAACUUAGUUUCAAGUCAUUCAUCUUCCCAGAGCAACUCGGUUAAUUGGUGCUUAACUAAGGAGCUCUUGUGCUCCAGUAAAACUCAAUACCAUUCCUUGUUUAUAAACUGUGGAGGUGGCAGGCUGAGUUUUGAGGGAGAUGACUAUGAGGAAGACCUAAAUACAAGGGGGCCAUCAACCUUCAAUUCUGUAGGACAAAAAUGGGCUUACAGUAGCACAGGGACCUAUCUGAACAAUGACGAUGCUGGUUUCCUCGCAACAAACUCAUUUUCUCUUAAUAUGAGUGGAGCAGAAUUUUACAAAACUGCCCGUCUUGCUCCUCUAUCACUCAGGUACUACGGCCUUUGCUUGCGAACGGGCAGUUAUAAAGUGCGGCUCCACUUUGCGGAAAUAAUGUAUUCUGAUGAUCAAAAAUUUAGCAGCCUUGGGAGACGCAUCUUCGAUGUAUCAAUUCAAGGACAAGUAGUUUUAGGAGACUUCAAUAUCAUGGAGAAAGCUAGAGGAGUUGGCAAGGGAAUAGUUAUGGAGUUUAAUAAUAUUCAUGUUAAUGGUAGCAGUCUAGAGAUCCACUUAUACUGGUCAGGGAAAGGAACCACUGCGGUUCCUGACAGAGGUGUCUAUGGACCACUUAUAUCAGCUAUUUCAGUGACACCAAACUUCAAAGUGGACACCGGACGUUUAUCGACUGGAGCUAUAGUUGGCAUUGUAAUUGCUUCAUUUGUUAGUGUUAUAUUAAUAUUGUUCGUCCUCCGAAUGAAAGGUUAUUUGGGCGGGAAAUAUGACGAAGAUAAAGAACUUCGUGCACUAGAUCUCCAAACUGGUCAUUUCACAUUGAGACAACUUAAAGCAGCAACCAAUAAUUUUGACGCUGCAAAUAAGAUAGGGGAAGGAGGUUUUGGGCCAGUUUACAAGGGUAAGCUGUCGGAUGGUGCUGUAAUUGCUGUUAAGCAACUAUCGUCGAAAUCAAAACAAGGGAACCGGGAAUUUGUAAACGAGAUAGGCAUGAUAUCUGCCUUACAACAUCCAAAUCUUGUGAGACUGUAUGGCUGUUGUAUUGAAGGAAACCAGUUGUUGCUAGUUUAUGAGUACUUGGAAAACAACAGUCUUGCUCGCGCACUUUUUGGUCCUGAGGACCAACGGCUUAAUUUGAACUGGGAAACGAGGAAGAAGAUAUGCAUGGACAUAGCAAGGGGAUUGGCUUACCUUCACGAGGAAUCGAGGUUGAAAAUAGUACACAGAGACAUAAAAGCAACGAAUGUGCUGCUUGACAAGGACCUAACUGCUAAGAUAUCUGACUUUGGUUUGGCAAAACUCGAUGAAGAAGAGAAUACCCAUAUCAGCACACGAAUAGCUGGAACAAUAGGUUAUAUGGCUCCUGAAUAUGCAAUGAGGGGCUACCUGACUGACAAAGCAGAUGUCUACAGCUUCGGAGUUGUUCUUUUAGAGAUUGUUAGUGGGAAGAGCAACACAAAUUACAGGCCAAAGGAGGAGUUUGUUUAUCUUCUCGACUGGGCCUAUGUCCAGCAAGAACAAGGAAACCUUCUCGAACUCGUAGAUCCAAGCCUUGGUUCAAACUACUCUCCGGAAGAGGCAGUAAUGAUGCUUAACUUGGCACUAUUGUGUACCAACCCAUCCCCCACAUUGAGGGCACCCAUGUCUAUGGUGUUGAGCAUGCUGCAGGGCAAGAUUGCAGUGCAAGCGCCGUUGGUAAAACGAGGUUCAAAUCCAGAUGCAAGGUUUAAGGCAUUUGAGAUACUUUCACAUGACAGCCAAACAAAUAUCUCAGCAUUCUCUCACAACAGUCAGGAUCAGGGAAGCAUAUCAAUUGAUGGACCAUGGAUUGAUUCCUCAGUUUCUGCCAACAGUAAAGAUGCGAAUGAAAGUUCGAGUCAGCCCCUUGCAAAGGAUCUUGCUGAUGUAAAAUUAGAUUGAUGAACGACGAAAAUGGAGCACAUAUCAUUGAAAAAUUUUAGUUUAAUUUUGAUGUUGUUGUGAAGUAAUAGUUUGGCAGAAAUAUGUGUUAUUAGGAUGAUAAGGGAAGUUACUGAAAUGUGACUUUCUUAUGUAAAGAAGAGGUGCUUGGGUUGGAACAGCGAUGCACCAAGUAAUUAAAAAUUAUAUGCGUGAUUUUUUG